AUGCCACCGCCCAAGUCGAAAAAGCAGCCCCAGCCCGUGGAGGAUAGCAAGACCAUCGGCGCCCACUUCAAGAAGGCGGGCAAGGACAAGGACCAGGAUGCGGCCGAUGCGCCGACCGAUCUGGGCGACGCGCAGGGCGCCGACGGCGCCGCGCAGGGGGCGGAGGAUCAACAACAUGGUGAUCGUGACCCUGGCCGUGGUGCUGGUGGCUCUGGCUCUGCCAGCUCUGGCCCGAUGGAUGUUGAUGGUAAAGGCGCCAAGGCCGCCACGCCGCACUUCCCCGCGGGGCCCGCGGGGGGGUGGCCGUCGCCUGGGCCUGCGGGCUCGCCCGCGACCCCCGCGCCUGCGGGCUCGCCCACGCCCCCCAUGCUGUGCGGCCCGAGCACGCCCAACAGUGAGUGCGCCAUGGGGGUGGUGGAGGCCGAGGCCGUCGGCGACGGCCAGUUCAAGUGCAAACGGCGCAACGUUCUGUGCAGCAACGACGAGAGGCAGAUCGCGCAAAGGAGGUCUACCGAGGACUGCACCUCUUGCGGCAAGAGCUACAAGGCACUCACCAACAGGUGGCGCAAGAACGCCAAGCUCAAGGAGUGGUGGAACAACAAAUCGGCUCAGGAGAAGACCUUGUGGUACCAGGAGCACAGGAACAAGCGAGAGGUGCUGCAGGGAGACGCGUCUCGGAUCCACUGGAAGCCUUGGGGCAUUGUGAAGCGCGAUCUCUUUAUGGAGGGCUUCACGUCGGAGCAGGAUCAACUGGCGGAGUGGAGGAGCCGCAUCUUAAAGGGCAUCUACAAGGUCCAGAAGGACGAAGAGACAAAGCAGUGGUUGGCCGGGGAGUACCAGGGCAAGUUUCAGGACUUGACCAGGCAGCAGCGCUUGUCGGGCUCAGUGAAACGCGACGCCUGCGAGCUCACCAGCGCGGAGGACCUCCAGAACUUCAUGGCCGACAUUAAGAACACGAUGGAGGGCGCAUUGGGUGAGUUCACUCUGGCGCGGUCGAGCGCGCUCGCGGGGGCCGCAGACGGCCUCAUGGAGAUCGAGCAGCGCAACCAGAAGGCGGACGAGUACAAGCGCCUGUGCAACAGGGAGGAUACCGAGGCGGCGGCCAUCAAGCCAAUGGAGGAGGCCAUCGAUGCGAAAUCCAUGAAGGCAGUGGCCAAGCGGCAGGCCGCCAAGAAGCUCACGGACGCGAUGCGCCAGCAGCUCGUUGACGGCCUCAAUGCAUUGGCUCCUUUGGCCCAAAUGCCCCCCCCGUCCCGAUCGCCCAUCUUUGUCGUCGUUCUCCUCAUCUCCCUCCUCGUUCAGGUUUCCGAGGGCGUGGACGUCAGGGGGUUCAUGUCCGAUAGGUUGACCGAUGACGCCUUGAAGGAGGAGCCGAUCGCGAGACUUGUCGCCAGGCUGGUGGUCUUCGAGAAAGAGACGCCGAAUAUCGUGACAAAUGUAGAUGCCUUGCUGAUGAAGAUUGCCAAUAUGAGCGACGACGCCUCGUGGAACUUCAACCUGGAGCCCAUCAAGGCCGCCCUCAAGGAUGCGAGCGGGAAGACCAGGGCGGAUGGCACCCACUGGUCCGACUUCAGGAAGGCAAUCGCGGAAUGCAAGACCGCGGCCCAGAAGAAGGUGGAUGCUGCCGCUGGCUCCACACUUAAGAAGAAGAAGCUCACAGAUAAAGCCAGGGACGCGAAGGACACCAAUUGCAGCGCGGACAUGGCCAACAAGCUCGUGUUCGUCGGCCUCUCCGUUGAGGAGCUCAACGGCGGCGUCAACAUCGAGACCACCUUCGAGGCCGUCCAGGGCCCUGGUAAAGCCUCGGCGAUGCAGGUGCCGCAGCUCAUGGAGGGCGUACAGAAGGCUAACGGCUGGAACGCUCUCGACUCGUGGCUCAAGGAGAAGGCCAAGGCCGAGGAGAACAUUUGCUUUGGCGCGGUGACCCAGCCUGAGAUCGUCGCCUCCGCGAAAUCAUCGCUGCUUGCUGUCCGCGCCGACAGCGUGCUGUUCCGCACGGCGUUCCUGGCGAAGUCGCCCCAGCUCGCGAAGCUGACCAAGGCGAUGUUCGGCAUGCAGGCUUUCUUCGCCCCGCGGAAGCACACGCAGGUGUUGCCGCCCCCUUUCGGGAUUGGCGAGGUGCGGGCCGUCUUCGAGGGCAAGGAGCUCGUGGUGGCGCAGCAGAUGGUCGGGGAGCCGCUCGACGCGCAGAUCUCCAAGCUCCAGAGCAUGAGUUCGGGGGACCUGCUCAACUUGAUCCGCGAGGCCCCCAACUUUGCGCUCAUCAUCAAGCAGGGCGACGUCGCCUGGCUGCCGACGGGGUUCGUGUACAUGAUAUUCCACCUGAUGCCCACCAUUGGGAUGCGGUGGGGGUGCUUCCCCAGCUGGGCAGGGGAGGCCAGCCGCUCACGCAGGGUUACGGUCGCGACGAUGGAGGCAUUCUCUAAGAUGAAGGGGACGGUGUUGGAAGACUGGAACACGAUGCUUGCAACGCUAGCCGACCAGCCAGCCUGA